GGCUUGAGGAAGGGGCUCAAAUCAUGUCUGUAGGAACCAGUUUUCCUCUCUGUUGUCUCAGCUUUGUUUCUUCUGGCCGAGGCACACUUUCACAUGUGCUCUCCUCUGGCUUCUGUCCUCCAGAGCCAAACCCAUUGAGGCGGAGGCAGCAACCCCUCGAUCCCGGGGAAAGCCAGGGCCCUCUUGCUCAUGCGACUGGUUUCUCUGGAGUGUGAGUCUGUCCUUGGACCACCUGGGAGUCUUACUAGUUCAGGCCUGACACCUGCUUUCCUGGGAGUUGAGAAUGAGGCCUGGCAGGGCUGCGCCUGGAGGGCACUCCGGAUGCUCUCAGUGCCGGGGCAGCUCUGAAGGGCGGCAGCUGCAACGUUUGCCAGGUGACAGCCUUCUGUGGGGCGGCCUGGGAGUGACAUUGCAGUUGUUUUCCAGAAAGCUGUGUACCUGCACAAGUGGUGGCUGCCAUCGAUGUAAACACUGUCGCUAAUGAAGUGUACAAGUAUAACUUUCCUCACACACAGCUACUGGCCAAGACAAUUGAAGGCAUUCCCCUGGAAGAGUUCAACAGGUGGUCUUUCGAUAUGAUCCUGAUGAGCCCUCCAUGUCAGCCAUUCACAAGAAUUGGCCUGCAGGGUGAUGUGACAGAUGCACGGACGAAUAGCUUUUUGUAUAUUCUAAAUAUUCUUCCAAGAUUACAAAAAAUGCCAAAGUAUAUUCUUUUAGAAAAUGUCAAAGGUUUUGAGGUGUCUUCUACAAGAGACCUGAUGAUACAAACAAUAGAAAAUUGUGGCUUUCAGUACCAAGAAUUUCUAUUAUCUCCAACCUCUCUUGGCAUUCCGAACUCAAGGCUGCGUUAUUUCCUCAUUGCAAAACUCCAGUCAGAGCCAUUCCCUUUUCAAGCCCCUGGACAGGUACUAAUGGAAUUCCCCAAAAUUGGAUCCAAAAAUCCACAAAAAUGUGCAAUAGAUGCAGAAAAGAGAAUAGAAGAAAAGAAAAAUGAACCCAGUAUUUUAUGUGCGGGCAGCACACCGUGUUCUGGAAAAGAGGCCAUACUUUUUAAGCUGGAAACUGCAGAAGAAAUCGACAGGAAACACCAACAGGACAGUGACCUCUCUGUUCAGAUGCUGAAAGAUUUUCUUGAGGUGGACGGUGACAGGAAGCCGUACUUCUUGCCCCCAAAGUCACUGCUGCGAUACGCUCUUCUCUUGGAUAUUGUGAGGCCCACGUGCAGGAGGUCCACGUGCUUCACAAAAGGUUAUGGAAGCUACGUAGAAGGGACAGGAUCUGUGUUACAAACUGCAGAGGAUGUGCAGAUUGAGACUGUCUACAAAUCCCUUACCAACUUGUCACAAGAAGAAAAGUUAAUGAAAUUGUUAAUGCUUAAGCUGCGCUAUUUCACUCCGAGAGAAAUAGCAAAUCUCCUGGGAUUUCCUCCCCAGUUCGGGUUUCCUGAGAAGAUAACAGUGAAGCAGCAGUAUCGCCUGCUUGGAAACAGCCUCAACGUGCGUGUUGUAGCCAAACUAAUCCAAAUCCUGUGCGAGCAGCUUUGAAGACCUCUGGAAGAUGGACACGGUGCUCCCUCAAGCCCAGAUGAUGAUUCUCAAUUCCACUGUGAAUUACUUUUGACUAAAGGCAACUAAAAUAGCUUAGUCUUUCUUAUUAAGGAAUUUGGAAUUUAUCACAAAAAUGUCAUCACUUUGUUAUCUUAAAUUUGUAUUACUGUAUUUUGUAAAAUACAAAUUAUUGUUAUGGUUUAUGGAUAACAUUUUCAUAUGAAAUUAUUAAAUAUAUAUGUAAAAUAUCCUCUAUCAUAUUAUGGAGUAUUUUCUAAAAUGUCAUAUCAGGCGUAGUGUAACAAACCUGAGAAAAUUUUGUAUGUUAAUGAAAGAGGUCGUUUUAUCAAUCCUGUCAUGUUUUUUGUUAGAUGAUUAUUCCUAACUCUAAGAUGAUGACUAAUUCCAGCCUGUUUCAAAUAUGUACUGUUUUGCUUAAUUGCAGUCCCCUUGACUUUCACUCACUUUAUGUAAUCAAAUUAGUAUCAUUCAAGUUACACAAUAACCUGAAGACUGUGUCAUAAGAAAUAGCUCUAAGUCGUUGAGUGCCUCCGAGGAAGCAGAGAAGGUGGUCUUCGGUCUUGGACUCGCUUCCUCCCUCCAGCUCGGGGCAGCGCUCCUCUGCGCCUCCUGCCCUUUGCCUUGCGAGGUCGGAGCUGCUGUGUCGCCGCCGCGGCCUUGGGUCCCGUGUCGCGUUGCCACCGGGCUCCAGCGGGGCAGCAGGGCCGAGCGCCCCGGGAGCAGACCCGGCCCUGCCCGCGGCGCCUGUGCGCUAACCCUGGAGCUCGGGCUUUCUGCCGCUGCCGUCAGCAGACUUCCUGGAGCGGAGGUUUCUCAUCACACCAAGUUUUGUGAUGAAAGCAAGUGACUGAGAAGAGAAAUGUGAAGAAACAAGGCAAGAAAUUGUAUCACAAAAUCUUAAUUCACACUUUUGUUCUAAGAAAACAGCCGGUCCCGCCCCCUUGUUUGAAGACUCCCGGGUGCGCGCGGCCAGCGCUGGCCCAGCCUGCUCGCCAGUCUCGGGGCGGCGGGUGCACAGUCUGAAAUCACUCCAGCACCCUUUGGUGCAGUUUCUCCUCAUGCUGAAAGAGUCUAAAUCAAGAAGGUUCAGAGUUGUGCUGUAGACUAUGAUGGUUAUCAUGUCCUGCACCCACUGUGCAGCGCUGUACAGACGUGUGGGGUGCCACACAUCACCUGCAGACACCCAGGACGUCGGAGGGGGCCGGCUCACAAACCGGGAGGUGGAGUAGAGCCUCGGAAAUGUGCUCAAUAUUGACGUCUACUCAAGGGCACAUGAUGGUUCUUGCCCUUAAUUCACAGCUGAAAAUAUGCUGUAGCAAGGUUGUCCACUGUAUGUUGUUAGUCCUGAAUUUGCAUAAAACCUGCCUGAGAAAAUCA